CAGACCAAAGCUCAGACCACGCUGCCAUCUUUACUUCCCUGGUCUUUCUUUCCUCUCUUUCACCGUGGAAUGAAUGUAACUGCUGCUGCUCAUCCGUCGCUGCGAAGGAAGGCUUAGGCACAGAUUCUCCUCGUCUAAGAGGGUCCUGCCUACACACCAAGCCAUAGCAAACAGCGGCUCGUCCACUGCAGGGCUCGGACAUUGACCUGACAGGGGGACGCCAUGGAAGCCCCUCUUGUGUGUUUGGAUGAGGAGUUUGAGGAUCUCCGGCCCUGUCGGAUGGAUGAGCUGGACCAACCAGAGCUGGAUCACUCCUCUUACUCCACCACCACCACCAUCACUACCACCACCGUCCCUCUGGCCUCCAUCACCCGGGAGGACUUCUCUGAGCUGGAGAACUUCUCCGAGAUGAUGAGCUUCAAGUCGAUGGAGGAUCUGGUCAACGAGUUUGACGAGAAGCUCAAUGUCUGCUUCCACAAUUACAACACCAAGACGGAGGGCCUGGCACCCAUACGCAACCAGUCGCACAACCAGGAGGAUGAGGAGCGGCUGCAGGAUGAAGAUGUGUGGGAUGCUCUAACUGACAACUACAUCUCCACCUGGGACGGCCCCGACUCAGAGGGACUCAACGGCAAUCUUUCUGACCAGGAGAUCCACGAAAAAGAGGAGGAAGAGAUGAACGAGAAGAACGACAAUGCCAAAUGCCUGAAUGAAGAGCCUCUCAUCACAGCUGAUCAGGUCAUUGAGGAGAUAGUUGAGAUGAUGGAGAACUCUCCAGAUCCUGGAGAAACUGAGGAGGAAGAUGAGGAGGAGAGCAGCCACUGCUCCCCCAGGACCAGCCCCUCCCUGCUGGAGGAGAUCAGGCAGCUGUCACAGGCCUCCAACAACAACUGCUCCUAUGAAGGCCUGAGCCUGAUGCCCAGCUCUGCACUGGUCGAGCUGCUGCACCGGGUGGAGGCCGCCAUCCGUGAGUACUCAGAGGAGCUGGUCAGCCAGCUGGCUCGGCGUGACGAGCUGGAGUUUGAAAAAGAGGUGAAGAACACGUUCAUCACAGCCCUGAUGGAGGUGCAGAACAGGCAGAAGGAGCAAAGAGACAGCAGCAAACGCCGACGCCGAGACAAGGCCCUGAGCCUGCAGGGUGGAGGGACGCAACCUGUCAACGCAGGGACCACAGGCUCCACGGGACGCACGGAGAAGACAGGGAGCAUGCCUGUCAAGCGUUUCAGCAUGGAGGGACUGUCCAGCAUCCUGCAGACGGGCAUCAGACAGACGUUUGGAAGCACAGGGAAUGAGAAACAGUAUCUAAACACAGUUAUUCCAUAUGAGAAGAAAGGGACCCCUCCAUCUGUUGAUGACCUGCAGAUGCUCACAAAAAUUCUUUAUGCCAUGAAGGAAGACAGUGAGAAGGUGCCUACACUGCUAACUGACUACAUAUUGAAAGUUUUGUGUCCUACCUAAAGCACCGACAUGCCAGGGGGCCACAGUGUGACGGAGAAUUCUUCCCUGAGGACCUUUCCAACCCUCCUCGCCUCUGGCCCAAGCUGCAUGACGUCCCCUCUUUUACCAUUAUCAACCAUGGAUCCUCACCAUCGACAUUAUCGUAUUCACCUCAACUACGACUACUGCCUUUUGCUGAGCUCACCGUCUCCCCUUCCUGCACAUUAAGUUCAGGCCAGACCCCCAGAACGGCUGCCAUCUGAAUACUUAAACAAGUGGGAUGGUCAGUCCAAUUUCGAAGGACUUCACUAAUGGAGCAUGACAUGUUGUUAAUGAUCACAACACCACUUUGUUACAGGGAUACAGUGUUAUCACUGCUUUCUUUUCCUUCAUUUCUCUCCUUCUUUCUUUCCUUUUCUUUGUUUCCUCUAACAAAAUUUCAAUGUUGCCAAGUUUUUUAUUAUUACUCACGAACUGACCCUUUUAACCAGAGUUGAUUGUUUUUCUCAUUGAUUCAUCAGGACCACACAGUUAGAUAAAUGAGAAAUGCCAUACUGCAUCUACAACGAUCAUCUUCCUGUACCGUUUCAGAUGAAAAUGAUUCAUUUGAAUACAAAAGCCAUGCACCUUUUUCUGCCAACUUAGUACUGUAGCUCCAUGUGAAUAGAAAAGAAACACACAACUAUUACGGGUGCAGUGCAUUACAGAGCUGUUUUUUUGUUUUGUUUCCUUUACUUUUUGUUUCACUAUCUGAUAUCCAGUGCUCUUCUGACUUUUUUGUAAUUUCUUUUGAUUUGUAUCUAACUAUUUGAUAUAAACUCUGUUACCGAUUUUCUAUUUUAUUUACUGUCAUCAGAGCAACAGGCUUCUGUGCAUUCCACCCUGUUCAGCCACGUGGAGGUGUAUCACUGAGUUUCCUUGGAUAUAUCAUCCCCUGAUGAGAUGAGCUCAUUUCAAUAAAAGGCGUGCAUAUUUGCAUAUUAGCAUAUUUAUGACUUCCUUUGCGCCAUGUAGGUGAAUGUUACAUCGCUAAUCGCAAAU